AUGGGGACUCUCGGAAAGGCCGUGUACACAGUGGGAUUCUGGAUUCGGGAGACCGGACAGGCUCUCGAUCGCCUCGGUUGCCGCCUCCAAGGCAACCACGCCUUCCAGGAACAGCUGUCUAGACAUCGCACUGUCAUGAACUUAUUCGAUAAAGUACCUGUGCUUGAUAAGGGUUCAUUUGUGGCCCCUAGUGCCUCUAUCAUCGGGGAUGUUCAAGUUGGGAGAGCAUCAUCCAUUUGGUAUGGAUGCGUCUUGAGAGGCGAUGUGAACAGUGUCAGCAUUGGGUCUGGAACUAAUAUACAAGAUAACUCUCUCGUGCAUGUUGCAAAGUCUAAUCUUGCUGGGAAAGUGCUGCCAACUAUCAUUGGAGACAAUGUCACUGUAGGUCAUAGUGCUGUUUUACAUGGAUGCACUGUUGAGGAUGAGGCUUUUGUUGGUAUGGGUGCCACACUUCUUGACGGCGUGGUUGUAGAGAAGCAUGGAAUGGUUGCAGCUGGAGCCCUUGUAAGGCAGAAUACAAGGAUCCCUGCUGGAGAGGUAUGGGGAGGGAAUCCUGCAAAGUUUCUGCGGAAGCUGACUGAUGAGGAGAUAGCUUUCAUUGCAGAGUCAGCUGCCAAUUACUCCAAUCUUGCACAGAUACAUGCAGCUGAGAAUGCCAAGCCUUUUGACGAGAUUGAGUUUGAGAAGAUGCUUCGUAAGAAGUUUGCAAACCGUGACGAGGAGUAUGACUCGAUGUUGGGCGUUGUCCGUGAAACUCCGCCGGAACUAAUUCUUCCCGACAACGUCUUACCAGCAGCAGCUAAGGAAAAAUGA